AUGGAGCUGGGUUUAUUGUUCCUCUUUGGACUUACGAUUACGUCGACUGCAGGGUCCGCGCUGCCCCGGCCUCGCUCCCUGCCGCUGCCGGCCGGCGGCGAGCCGCGCUCGGCGGCGCUGGGGCAGAAGGAGCGGGAGGAGAGCGAAGCGGCGGCGCUGCCGGCCGGCGGCAGGGCCAAGGUGGACGGCGGGGCGCUGCGGCGCCGAGCCCGGCGCUGCACUUGCUACACCUACAAGGACAAGGAGUGCGUCUACUACUGCCACCUCGACAUCAUCUGGAUCAACACCCCCGAGAGGACUGUGCCAUAUGGGCUGUCUAACUACAGAGGCAGUUUUAGAGGCAAAAGGUCUACAGGCCAGAUUCAAAGUACUUUCCAGUCUUCAUUUCGAUGUUCUUGUUUGGAUGCUCAUGACAAACAGUGUAUGCAAUUUUGCAGAAGAAUGCAAGACAGAAGAAGAAAUCAUGGAUCAAUGAAAAAGACAGAGGAGAAAGACCAAUGCAGGGAAGAGGAACACACUUUCAUUCAGUAGCACAGAGAGUUCGGAGGAUUCUGAAC